AAUUCGAAAUCGCCAUUACCGGUACAAUCAUUGAAAAUCCUUCGUUUUAUUACGACAUGCGUCGCUUUGGCUGGCCUAGUUAUACUUCUGUUGUGGUGAUUAACGUGUGGUUGUGUUGUUUGACUGGUUACGUUUUAAAAAGACGCAAAAAAUAAUGUUUUGAUCAUGGAGGUUCAGAAGAGCAUCGUGGCUGUCCGGCAACAGGACGUUCACAAGAGUCUUUGAAGAUAGAGAAACUUAGCCGAUCGAUCUGGUAUGGUUCUAGGAGUAGUGUGUGGCUUACGAAAAAAAUACACGACACUUGGAAAGUGGUUAAAGGCAUGAGUUCGUUCAACUUUGAUUUGAUUUUUGACUCCGACCUGUAGUUAUACCGCAACAGGCCGCGCGAUCUUCACCGAUCUGGUACACUUGAAAUGUUCGUUGUAUCUUUGCUUUACGAUCGUAUAUGUUUAAGAAUUGAUGUUUUUAAAAUAAAUUAUUGCCUGAAUAUUCUGUUUAUAACCUAGUUUCUUUAUGUGUUCUACUCGAUAACAUUUGUUUUGCGGAACACUGACCCGAUGCAACGCGAAUGGAUUUGUUCAUUUGCUGAGAAGCAAUUGAAAUUUAUGCUCAAUUUAGGAUAAUCUUUAUACUCAUACGUUGUGUGUUUUUGUCACCGGCCAGGCGCUAUUUGUAGAUAUUUCUGGUUUUAUAUAAGGCGAACUGAGAGAACAGUAAUAAAAUGUUUGUUUACAAAUUUUGUUUGCCGAUCGGUGACUGCUUUGUUAGCGUGCAUGGGUACGACCUCGUAAAACUACGCGUUGGUAAAUGUUUGUUUCAAAGCAGGACAGGGCUGUAAAUCUUAUUCUUAUCGGCUGUAACAUAUAUCUGAGGAGUAGCAAAGAAUAAACUUGAAUUAUGGGGAUAUAUAAAAUCAAAGCAAAUGCCCGGAAAUACUCUUAGCGUCGCGAACAAUGAAUUUGAAUUUUGUAAAUUUACUUGCGUUCAUCUAACUCGCUUCCGAUUGGUUUAAAAACAAUCAGCUACUGUCAGAACUCACACAUGCGCAUUAUCGUAAACAAGUCCCUUUAAGUUUUGCCUCAUUUUGACGCGUUAACUCAUGUGGUGAUUCUUGCGUCCUCGGCGUUCAUCUUCCAAAGGUUUGCUGAGGUCUGAUAUUCUGUCUUCGUAAAGCGUUUAUCUUUCAAAAAGUUUGCUGAAUCCUCGUAAAGCGUACAUCGAUUUGUGUUUGCUGAAUCGUCCAAAGUGGUCAUUCUUUCAGAAGUUUGCUGUUAAAUUUUACUUUGGAUUAAGCCUUCAUAUUUAUCGUUAGCAGCUUUUAUGAAAGAAAGAAAAUUAAAACUGUGUUUAAUAAAACACGUUUUUAAACAUGUUUAAGCUUUGGUGUGAAUGGGGCUUUAGUUUAAUGUAAAACCUACAGAUUAACACGAAAUUUAUUUCAGACUGAAAUGCGUUUUCAGUGGUAUUAUACUGAUGAUAGGUAGAAAUACAUUUAAAUGACAGUGCUGGGAGAACAGCCCAACGGGAAUAUCUGGAUUCAUAAGGCUAUGAGCUCUUUUUUCUUGCUGGGAGCAACUGCGAUGUCUUUUCAUUACCGUACGAUUCUCGAAACAGACUUGAACUGUCCUGUGACAGUGGCCCAUGGCCCAAGCGGCACAGGCAAAACCACUGCUCUUCUUUCAGAACUUUCACUUUUCUGACUUUUGAAGGCGAAAAGAAUAAUUUCUACUCAAGGGGGACCAAAGAAAGCUUCCUAUCAAUUUUGGCAAGGCAGACAGUUCCUACUGGCUUAGACGACCCACAGUCAGUGAAAAACAUAAGCGACCUGCUCAUUAAUUUAACUCUUCCGAGGUGCAAAAAAACACAAGCUUGAAAAGAGGUGCCAGUAAGCUAAAGCCACUUGGCACAGUACUGACAAGUGCAAAUUUUACACCGAUACAAAGUGCAAGGUACCGCUUAGUAAUCUUAAUCGACGGUUACCACUUUUGAGAUCAAAUCUUAACAGGUCAUUAUGAUCACACCUUAGAAGCAAUAUGAAGAAAUGAAAAUCACUUUAUAUUCAGAAGGGAAUUUUAAAUAUUGCUGAUACAACAUCAAAAAAUUUGAUUUUUGAAAAAUCCACCUACCCAGCCGCCAUACAAUUAGAUAAUUAAAACCGUUUGUAUCAAAUUAUGGAAAGAGAACCUUUAGUGUAACAUUGGUUUUACAGAGGACUUCCACAAUUAGGAAAUGGAUAUUUACUUCAAACACAUUAGAGACUAUUACUGUUUAUAAGGUUUUCAACGUCAUAAUGACUAUGUCAGCGACAUCAUUAAGUGAUGAUUUUAUAAAUUAGUAGAAAUAAAAUUAAAGGAAAAGAGUUAUGAUAUUGAGACUGAAAUACAUGUCUCUUUAAAUGGAAUAUAUGAGCCAACCUGUCAUUCUGUGUAUGUUUAAGAAAAACUUUGACAAAUAAAGUCUACUUAAAGUGAUUGCUUUGUGUGAACAUUGGUUCAAUACCACAUUGGUGGAACCUACAGGAAAGGAAUUGAGAACGCCGAGAGUCCUGAUGUUUCCCGAGACGAAAUCAACAAGGGAAACAUCAUUACGGACCUGACAUUAAGUGCUCUGUUAUAUUUAUAGACUUCCACUUUAACAGCGUCAAUAGAAAUAGUCCAAGGAAAUAAAAGCAGUCGACUCGAAUUAGUAAUUACCGGCAACUAUUAGAAACUACCAGCAACUACUAGUAACUACCAGCAACUACUAGUAAAUACCAAUAACUUAUACCACCAACUACUAGUAACUAUCGACAACUACUAGUAACUACAAGUAACUACUAGUAACUACUGAUAACUACUAGUAACUACCAGUAACUACCGACAACUACCAGUAACUACCACCAACUACUAGUAACUACCAAUAACUACUAUUAGCUACUAGUAACUACCAGUAACAACAUUAACUACUAGGAACUACCAGUAACUACUAGUAACUACCCAUAACUACUAGUAACUACCACUAACUACUAGUAAAUACCAACAGCUACCAUUAACUACUAAUAACUACCAGUAAAUACUAGUAACUACUAGUAAUUACCGACAACUACCAGUAAUUACCACCAACUACUAGUAACUACCAGCAACUACUAGUAACUACUAGUAACUACCAAUAACUACUAGGAACUAAUAGUAACUACCAGCAACUACUAGUAACUACCAGUAACUACUAAUAACUACCACUAACUACUAAUAAAUGCCAAGAACUACUAUUAACUACUAGUAACUACCGACAACUACUAGUAACUACCAGUAACUACUAGUAACUACCAGUAACUACCAGUAACUACUAGUAACUAUCGAUAACUACUAGGAACUACUAGUAACUACCAACAACUACCAGUAACUACCAGCAACUACUAGUAACUACCAGUAACUACUAGUAAAUACCAAAAACUACCAUCAACUACUAGUAACUACUAGUAACUACCAGCAACUACUAGUAACUACCAGUAACUACUAGUAAAUACCAAUAACUACCAUCAACUACUAGUAACUACCGACAACUACUAGCAACUACUAGUAACUACCAGUAACUACUAGUAAAUACCAGUAACUACUAAUAACUACCACUAACUACUAGUAAAUACCAAGAACUAUUAACUGCUAGUAACUACUACUAACUACCGACAACUUCUAGUAACUACCAGUAACUACUAGUAACUACCAGUAACUACUAAUAACUACCACUAACUACUAGUAAAUGCCAAGAACUACUAUUAACUACUAGUAACUACCGACAACUACUAGUAACUACUAGUAACUACCAGUAACUACUAGUAACUACCGAUAACUACUAGGAACUACUAGUAACUACCAACAACUACCAGUAACUACCAGCAACUACUAGUAACUACCAGUAACUACUAGUAAAUACCAAAAACUACCAUCAACUACUAGUAACUACUAGUAACUACCAGCAACUACUAGUAACUACCAGUAACUACUAGUAAAUACCAAUAACUACCAUCAACUACUAGUAACUACUAGUAACUACCGACAACUACUAGCAACUACUAGUAACUACCAGUAACUACUAGUAAAUACCAGUAACUACUAAUAACUACCACUAACUACUAGUAAAUACCAAGAACUACUAUUAACUACUAGUAAUUACUAGUAACUACCGACAACUACUAGUAACUACCAGUAACUACUAGUAAAUACCAAAAACUACCAUCAACUACUAGUAACUAGUAGUAACUACCAGCAACUACUAAUAACUACCAGUAACUACUAGUAAAUACCAAUAACUACCAUUAACUAUUAGUAACUACUAGUAACUACCGACAACUACUAGCAACUACUAGUAACUACCAGUAACUACUAGUAAAUACCAGUAACUACUAAUAACUACCACUAACUACUAGUAACUACCGACAACUACUAGUAACUACCGACAACUACUAGUAACUACCAGUAACUACUAGUAACUACCGAUAACUACUAGGAACUACUAGUAACUACCAGCAACUACCAGUAACUACCAGCAACUACUAGUAACUACCUGUAACUACUAGUAGCUACCAGUAACUACUAGUAAAUACCAAGAACUACUAUUAACUACUAGUAACUACCGAUAACUACUAGUAACUACCAGUAACUACUAGUAUCUACCGACAACUACUAGUAACUACCAGUAACUACUAGUAACUACCACUAGCUAUUAGGUAGAAGACACAAUACUACAUAUUACACAGAGUGUAUAUUACCGGUGCACUUGUGGCUUUCUACCAUGAAGUAUAUACCCGAAAUUCAAUGACCAAAUAGUCCAUAGAAUAUUCAAAUCACAGAAAAGAUGAUAACUUCACUUCGCAUGUAAUUAUAACAGCAUAUACACAAUUAAGAUUUGAAAAACACACUAAUAAUCAACUGGUUUUUAGUAAGUUCCGUUUUUUUUAGGUAUUUUCUAUGAAAGAGGGUGUUAAUUUCAGUGAUAUUCGCACAUGAAGAAGAAAAUCUAGCUAGUAUCCGGCCGGACGCCCAUACAGUUUAUCUACAAAUUUAGAAUGUCAGAAAUAAUAAAAAAAACAUUUAAGUUGAGCACACUUGAAUCGCGAAAUUUAAUGCCUUUUUUCAUAUGCCAUUAAUUAUUAAAAUCGCGAAAACUGAAGAGAUAAGACCCCGCGAAAACCAGCUGCCACGAAUGUAACCACGAAAUUAACUACCGAUUAGGUUUUAAAAACUUAGCCCUACUUUUCUUUCAGGCGUUCCUUGUCCACAGGGCUGGGUGCGAUUUAAGGGAUACUGCUAUCGUGUCAGUAGCUCCAUCAAGACUAGGCAAAAUGCUCAAAUGUACUGCAAAGAACUGGGAGGAAAUCUGGUGAAAAUCAACAGCAAGGAAGAAAACGAGUUUGUACUAAACCUCGUAAACAAGCUCGCCCCAUCGCUGAAGCAGAUUUGGAUCGGACUCGAGUGGGACUCUAGCCUAAAGGCCUUCGUGUGGUACGAUCAUUCAGUUCCUACCUACACCAAAUGGUCCCCAAGUGAACCAAAUGGAAAUGGUGUGGAGCCUUGUAGCAACAUGUGGACUGGUCACGAGGGGAGUUCUACUAGGGCAUCUGGCGACUGGAAUGAUCUCACUUGUUGGCAUACUGGUUUACCCUGUGGUCUUGUCUGCAAGAGGCUGCCCUAA